AUGAAUAUUUUAUUUAAAAGGUCUGUAGGUCAGGUCUUCUUGAAGCUGAAGAAUCCUAUAGAUGAAUGUUCACUUAGGGAAGGACUAAAGACAGCGCUACAACAGAAAGGCAUCGAACCUCUGAGCCUGAUCACCGAAAUAAGCAACACAUGUAGCACGAACAGUAGCAGUCCUGAAAUCCCGGCGCUUGUGACUCUUUGCCCGAAUCAAAAGAACAAGGUCCCAAAUUCCUGUGGAACAAAGAAUUCUGUAUUCAUAUUUACACAAUGUGCAACCAACCCUCCUCCUACAACCAAAUCUCCACCCGGACCAUACGGAAAUACAGCAUCCACCACGGCACUGUCAGCAACGACUAAACUCACCACAGGCAUCACCAGCACCAACGGCACCACUGGCACCAACGGCAAUGGCACUAACGACACUAGCAGCACCAACAGCACCACCAGCACCACCAGCACUAACUGCAUCAACAGCACCACCGGCACCAACUGCACCAGUGGCACCAACAGCACCACCGGCACCAACUGCACCAACAGCACCACCGGCACCAACUGCACCAACAGCACCACCGGCACCAACAGCACCAACUGCACCAACAGCACCACCGGCACCAACUGCACCAACAGCACCACCGGCACCAACUGCAUCAACAGCAACAACUGCACCAGCUGCACCAACAGCACCAACUGCACCAACAGCACCACCGGCACCAACUGCACCAACUGCACCAACAGCACCACCGACACCAACUGCAUCAACAGCAACAACUGCACCAGCUGCACCAACUGCACCAACAGCACCAACUGCACCAACAGCACCAACUGCACCAACUGCAUCAACAGCAACAACUGCACCAACUGCAUCAACUGCACCAACUGCAUCAACAGCACCAACUGCACCAGCUGCACCAACUGCACCAACAGCAACAACUGCAUCAACAGCACCAACUGCACCAGCUGCACCAACAGCACCAACUGCACCAACAGCACCAACUGCACCAACAGCACCAACUGCACCAGCUGCACCAACAGCACCAACUGCACCAACUGCACCAACAGCACCAACUGCACCAGCUGCACCAACAGCACCAACUGCACCAACAGCACCAACUGCACCAACUGCAUCAACAGCACCAACUGCACCAGCUGCACCAACUGCACCAACAGCAACAACUGCAUCCACAGCACCAACUGCACCAGCUGCACCAACUGCACCAACAGCAACAACUGCAUCAACAGCACCACCGGCACCAACAGCACCAACUGCAUCAACAGCAACAACUGCACCAGCUGCACCAACAGCACCAACUGCACCAACUGCACCAACUGCAUCAACAGCACCAACUGCACCAACAGCACCAGCUGCACCAACUGCACCAACUGCACCAACAGCACCAACUGCAUCAACAGCACCAACUGCACCAGCUGCACCAACUGCACCAACAGCACCAACUGCACCAACAGCACCAACUGCAUCAACAGCAACAACUGCAUCAACAGCAUCAACAGCACCAACUGCACCAGCUGCACCAACUGCACCAACAGCAACAACUGCAUCAACAGCACCAACUGCACCAGCUGCACCAACUGCACCAACUGCACCAACAGCACCAACUGCAUCAACUGCACCAACUGCACCAGCUGCACCAACUGCACCAACAGCACCACCGGCACCAGCUGCACCAACAGCACCAACUGCACCAACUGCACCAGCUGCACCAACUGCACCAACUGCAUCAACUGCACCAGCUGCACCAACUGCACCACCGGCACCAACUGCACCAACUGCACCAACUGCACCACCGGCACCAACUGCAUCAACUGCACCAGCUGCACCAACUGCACCAACUGCACCAACAGCACCACCGGCACCAACAGCACCAACUGCAUCAACAGCAACAACUGCACCAGCUGCACCAACAGCACCAACUGCACCAACUGCACCAACAGCACCAACUGCACCAACAGCACCAACUGCAUCAACUGCAACAACUGCACCAACUGCACCAACUGCACCAACAGCAACAACUGCACCAACAGCACCAACUGCAUCAACAGCACCAACUGCACCAGCUGCACCAACUGCACCAACUGCAUCAACAGCACCAACUGCACCAACUGCAUCAACAGCACCAACUGCACCAGCUGCACCAACUGCACCACCAGCGCCACCCCGUCAUCAACUCCCGAUGACAAAGACGAGUAG